CCCUUUCGUUGAUGCCGUAAGACCGUUAAUGGGGAAAUGUUCACUUGUGUUUCAGUUACAGUUCCAGGACAUUUGAUAUUUAUGUAUGAUGAAGAAUGAGACUGGGCAUCUAUUUUUACUCUAAGGUGACCUUGGUGCCUGUACUUCUUCAAACUGAAGCAGCGCUGGACCAUCAGUGUGUGGAAACUCGCUCUGGAACCACAACGUCAGGAGUUAGAGGCUCCCAGGGGCGGCAGACAUGAACCUGCCGACCAGAGAAGAGUGUGAAGGGUGGGACCACAUGAAAGUGGCGCUUUUUAUGUGUAAGAAUAACAUGCAAGACUGCGCCGGAACUGUGACCAGAUUAAAGAUUGACGGACUCAGACUUCUGAAUCUCACUGAGAACGACAUCAGAAAGUUCAGCCUCCUUCAGCAGCCGCAACUUCAGAAAAUGGUUCAAGACAUCAAGAAAAAUGACGGCAGUCUGCUGAAUAAAAUCAGAAGACUGAAAAACAAACCUCGUCCGAACGUUCCUGCCAGAGACUACAGAGAUUUCAGAGACAGUGAUCAAUGCUCUGAUCCAGAAUACAACGAGCCAUGCGAUGACCCGCCUGAUGAUGACAGCUACGAGCCUCCUCCGGUCCACAGAGAGUUCACCAGAAGUCCCUUCAUUUCCUUACCAAAGGGGGAGUAUCUCGACAGCAGUCAUGCCGGACCAAGCCGACCUCCCAAGAAGCCCAUCCGUCCUGUUAAAGCCUCCAAACAACUUCCUCCUGAACCGCCACAUCCAUGGAGCGACAAAGAAGAAGACUACGUAGACCCAGAUGCUAAUGGUGAGGACGACUACAUAGAACCCACAGAGAAUCCAUCUCCAAAAGGUGGAAACAGAGGUGACUAUCCCAUUUUGCCUCCAGCUUUACCAGAUCGUCCAUCCAGUCCUGAAGAUUUAUAUGAAGAACCUGAGAAAGAGGAACCGUCUACGUCUCCACAGAGAAACAGAUUUCGUCCACCUCCUUCCAAACCGGGUCUUUCUUUACCAAAACCAACACCCAGGCUGAAUAAAUGGGGACACACGCGUCCUAUCCAGCAACCCACAGAUGAUGAUGAAUAUGAACUCUGUGAUGAUAGUCCCAGUCAUGAACCUCCAGGCGGGCCUCCCCCUCGUCUACCUAAACCUGUACAGAGAGAGAGGUCACCAAAGCCGCCUCUAUUGCCGAGACAAGACAUAAAACCAAGACAAUUUGACACGUCUGCCUCACCACCCCUCAACACACCGUAUCGUGACAAAUUUCAGGAUGUCUGCAUUUUCAAAGGCACCUCCCUGCCUGUGAUGCACACAGAACAGAAACCGUCUCCUAAAGCUUUCUCACUGGAUCUAAAACGACCAAAAAUCCCCCUGCCACAGUUUACACCACCCAAACCAGCUGAGCGGGGUUGCAUUGCUGCUGAAAAUGGUUCCACAGACCAGGACAAGGAUGCAGAUGUUUAUCACAAACCCUGGUUUGCCAACGGGUGUGACCGCAAAACAGCAGAUGACGCUUUACUGCGAUCAAAUAAGGACGGUGCGUUCAUGGUGAGAAAGAGCUCGGGUCAGGAUGUGCAGCAACCUUACACGUUAGUGGUGUUUUACAAAGGCAGAGUCUACAACAUCCCGAUCCGCUUCGUGCCGAGCACCAAGCAGUACGCGCUGGGGAGAGAGAAGAAGGGAGAGGAGUUCUUCAGCAGCGUCUCUAGCAUCAUAGAGAACCACCAGAGGAACCUGCUGGUUCUGAUCGACAGCCAGAGCAACAGCAAAGACGCCACCAAGCUGUUUUUUCCUGUAAGGCCAUAGAUGACUCAGUUUUUUCACUUUGCAUCUUUACGGCCAGUUUUCAACGUGCUUACAAGUACAACACAGACCUGUAGGUGACGGUAGUUCGAAACCGACCAAGAACUGCUCAGGAACUUCCUGCAGGAUUCCACUGCAGUCCUGGUUCUUCCACAUGGAGACAUUUACAGAAAUUAAAUUAACAGGAAGGUUUAUCCUGGAUGCAACUUUUUCUUCUUCUUCUUCUUGUGGAUUUAUGUGGCGUUUUAGUUCUUCAAAAUUACAUUUUCCUUACUUUCAGCUAUCCUUUCUCACAUUGUGACCAUUAUCUUGCUGUAUAAUGCAACUUGCAUGCUUCACUGAGGGAGUUUUUACAUUUGUAGCACAUCCUGAUCUCUCUGUGCUCAUGCUUGAUGAGUUUUUGCUCGUAGUUUUUGUUUCUUUUUAAGCAGCAGGUUAUUAUUGUUCACUCUUCCAGUAAAAAACCUUCUUGUAAAGUGUACAGUUUAUUGCUUUUCUUACUGCUACCUGUUUUGUUAUUACUAGUUUCCAUGGUUCUCUAAAUGAAAAACAUCUACAAAGUAUGACACUGCCGCUAUCCUUUCUGCGCUUUAGAGCAUUUUGGAGGUAAUUAUAGUUUUUGCAUUUUUACCACCAAUAGUUUUCUUUAAGCAGGAACUUUACUUAACAAUAGAUGUUCAUUCUUUCAUUACAGGUCAUUUUUGUAAAAUGUAUUAAGUUCUGUUUUGUAGAAAUACUCAAUGAGACAUUUUGCCCAAAGGUUUGUUCUGGUGCUGUUUUUGUUUUCUCAUAUUGUAAUAAAUUCUCCUGUUCAUUUUCUGGUGCUAUA